CGCUGGGUCUGUUUCAUGUCUCCAUAGUAACGGCACGCCGUGUGAGGGGUAUCAAGAUGCGGCUGACACGGUUUUUGCUCCGGUAUUAUCCGCCAGGUAUAAUUUUAGAGUAUGAAAAGGGAGGAGACCUGAAGACCAAGUCAAUUGAUUUACUCGAACUAUCUCCCAUGACUAAUGUAGACUCUCUAGUAGCGGAAAUCCAGAGAGCUGAGCCACUGAUCACAGUCUCAAGGACCCAGCAAGUAAAACAGCUCAUCCUGAAGCUACAGGAAAAAAUCGCAAAGCAGGAUCACCACAAGUUUUAUCUUUUCAAGGUUCUGCGAGCACACAUACUACCUCUCACAAAUGUGGCAUUUAAUAAAUCUGGCUCAAGCUUCAUUACAGGAAGCUAUGAUCGUACCUGCAAAGUAUGGGACACUGCAUCUGGAGAGGAACUUCACACAUUGGAGGGACAUCGAAAUGUGGUCUAUGCCAUUCAGUUUAAUAAUCCUUAUGGAGAUAAAAUUGCCACUGGAUCGUUUGAUAAAACCUGCAAGUUAUGGAGCGCUGAGACAGGAAUGUGUUAUCAUACCUUCCGAGGCCAUACUGCAGAAAUAGUUUGUUUAGCCUUCAAUCCUCAAAGCACACUGGUAGCAACUGGGAGUAUGGACACUACAGCCAGACUGUGGGACAUUCAGAGCGGAGAGGAAGUCCUCAACCUGACUGGUCACUCAGCUGAAAUAAUUUCAUUGUCAUUUAACACAACUGGGGACAGACUGAUUACAGGCUCGUUUGAUCACACUGUGGCUCUGUGGGACAUUCCCACUGGCAGAAAAGUUCACACACUUAUAGGUCACCGAGGAGAAAUCAGUAGUGCACAGUUCAACUGGGACUGUUCUCUAAUUGCUACAGCAUCAAUGGAUAAAUCCUGCAGGUUAUGGGAUCCUCUAAAUGGGAAAUGUGUGGCCACGCUGACUGGGCAUGAAGAUGAGGUUCUCGAUGUAACCUUUGACUCUACUGGACAGUUGAUUGCAACAGCUUCGGCAGAUGGAACUGCUAGAGUGUACAGUGCAUCCAGUAAGAAAUGUCUGGCAAAGCUCGAGGGACACGAAGGAGAGAUUUCCAAGAUAUGCUUCAAUCCUCAGGGGACCCGUAUAUUAACAGGCAGCUCGGAUAAGACUGCACGGCUCUGGGAUCCCACUACAGGGCAGUGUGUGCAGGUGCUGGAGGGACACACAGAUGAGAUUUUUUCUUGUGCAUUCAACUAUGAGGGAAACACAAUAAUUACAGGAAGCAAGGACAACACUUGUAGAAUAUGGCGGUAACUGGAACCGACUGCCAGAGAAGACCUGCAAUUGCCUAAAAAGUAAAAUGAACCAAACUGAUUGGGAUUCAUGUUAAACAGCAUUAUUCCAGCACUCAGUAACAAGUGUACGUGAUGUCCUCUACAUGUCAUUUACUACCACCAUGAAUUAGUAUUAGUAGAUAGGUUUAGUACUUACUCGUUAACUGGAAUUAGAUAUCUGACUGUAGAAUGGUUAGGAUGUGCUUGCACAGU